AUGGAAUGCCAAAAUGUCCCUAAUAUAGACUUAUGUCUACCUUCCACAAGGAGAUAUCAAUAUCAAGGAAAGGAACAGUUUCGCGAACUCCUCGGGCAAUUUCUAGACCAAGUUCUCGACGAUCCUACGACACUCGAUGAAAAUGAAUACAUUAUUUUCCACAUUGACAAUUCGAACAUCGAGCGGGACUUCCUCGACGAAGAAGGUUCCAUCUGUUUCAUAUCAUUCGAACCGGCCAAAAGCAUUCUAGUAGUCAAAAUGCAUACGAUGAUGCGCCAGAACGGGGCUGAUUCCAUCAAGAGCGCUGUUCGGAGUGUCUUAAGCCCUAUGGGGCUGCGGAAAGCUUUCCGGGGUAGUUCAGGGGUGCCAGUUCACCUCCCCAAUGAAACGGAAGUUGCGAACGCCGCCUGGGUCCCAGUGGGGACCAGAUAUGCCACGAUGGUCUUGGAAGUGGCUGUCUCGGAGUGCCUGGCUAGACUACGGCGGGAUGUGGACAUGUGGGUAGACCCGGCGAGGGGGAAUAUCAAGGUUGUAUUGAUGAUAGUUAGAAAAUCAGAGAUUAAACUCGAAAGAUACGAAUGGGAUUCCAUAAAACAGAAGUCUCGUCGAGCUCAACUCAUCAUUAUAAAAGAAAAUGAAGGCCAAGUGACAGUUGCCGAGUCCCCGCUCAUCAUCCCUUUCGAGUAUCUUCUCGAAAGAGCACCCUUGCCAGAGGAAAGCGACAUACAAAUUGAAGAGAAAGCUCUGAAGGAAAUCGCCGAUGAUGUAUGGUCAUGUCAGGAGUCUCCGUUCUUACAACCGAAGCCUUAG